AUGGCGAUUGAAGAUGAUAAGGCUGUGCAGAUCUCUGCCAGUCCAAAAGACUCGCCGGGAACUAGUAUUGGUGACAAUUCGGAUAAAGAGCAACAGCAGAUCUAUUCGAGCAAAAGAGAGGGAACAUUCGAGGCUAGCGAUAGUCCUCAUCUCUUCAGACCUAUUGACAACUACGAAGGACUUCAUCGCUGGGACCCCGAUUUUCAAUGGACAGAGCAGGAAGAGAAGAAGAUUGUGAGAAAGAUUGACCUUCGUGUCUGCACCUUUGCCUGCGUGACGUUCUUCGCAUUGCAGCUUGAUCGAGGAAAUAUCGGCCAGGCUUUGUCCAGUACACUACUCAAAGAUCUGAAAAUGACAAGUAACGAUUAUAACUUGGGUCAAACUAUAUUCCUGGUAUGCUUCUUGCUGGCCGAGAUGCCUUCUCAAUUGAUUUCCAAAAGACUGGGCCCCGAUCGGUGGAUUCCGAUCCAAAUGAUCUCUUGGAGUCUGGUCGCGGCUUGUCAAGCUUUCUUACAAGGACGGGGUUCAUAUCUAGCCCUUCGGGCCCUGCUAGGACUUUUGGAGGGUGGCUUCAUCCCCGACACAGUCCUAUUCCUCUCAUUCUUCUACAAAUCCAAUGAGCUGCCCAAAAGAUUGACCUGCUUCUGGAUAUCCCUCAUCGUCUCUGGAAUUAUCGGCGCGUUCCUUGCCUUUGGCUUGCUCCAUAUAACCGACUCACACGGUGGUGGCUCAUGGCGAUACCUCUUCGCCUACGAAGGUCUGAUAACCGGCGUCAUUGGAAUCAUCGCCGUUUUCUGGAUGCCCGCAUCGCCAGUGCAAACUAAGGGAGGAUUCCGUGGCAAGAACGGAUGGUUCACUGAACAUGAAGAAAAGAUCAUGGUGAACCGAAUUAUUCGCGACGAUCCUAGCAAGGGUACCAUGCAUAAUCGACAAGCAAUGACCCCAAAGCUCAUGUGGGCAUCGCUGAAGGAUUUCCAUAUGUGGCCACUUUAUACUAUCGGAUUGAUCUGGAUGAUUCCUCCUGGGCCGGCUACCAACUACCUGACCUUGCAAUUACGGUCGCAAGGAUUCACUACCUUCCAAACCAACUUGCUGGUCAUUCCCUCCGCUGUUGUUGGAAUUAUCACUAUCAUCGGUAUUACCUGGCUCGCAGAACGUACAAACCAACGCCUGCUGUGCGGUGCAUUGAUGGGUGUAUGGAAUCUGAUUUUAUUAAUUACCUUGGAGGUUCUUCCUCAAAAAAGUAUGCCCUGGCCGCGAUGGGCUAUUCUUACUCUGCUGGUCGGAGGACCCAGCAUUCACCCUGUGCUAGUGGCGUUGACCUCGCGGAAUGCUGGGUCUGUACGGACUCGCACUGUCGCCUCUGCAUUGUACAACAUGACUGUGCAAGUCUCCAGCAUUGUCAGCGCUAAUGUCUACCAAGCCAAAGACGCACCGUAUUACCGACACGGAAACAAAGUUUUGAUCGCACUGGCUGUAUCCGGUAUAGCCCUUUUCAUUGCAGCAAAGUUCUAUUACGACUGGUGCAACAGAAAAAACGCUACCCAAUGGAAUGCUAUGACAAGCGAAGAAAGAGAGCUUUACUUACGCGAAAACCCGGUGUUAACCAACAAGAGAAUUGAUUUCCGCUUUUCUCUCUGA